ACCUCCUUCCUCACAAACUACUGCUUCUUCUCUCACAGGCUUUCUUCGCUUCUCGUUUUUUAUAAAAAUAAAAACUGAUUAAAACAAAAGCACAAAAUGUGCCCAACGGGAAGCGAACUUUCCAGAACCGUCGAGAAAUCGAAUCUCCGCUCGGCGUUCGACGUCCUCGACGCCGACGGCGACGGGCGGAUCAGCCACGCCGAUCUCCGCGCCUUCUACGGCGGGAUCUCCGGCUCCGACGACGACGUGAUUGGCUCCAUGAUCUCCGCCGCUGACUCGAAUCGCGACGGAUUCGUCGAAUACGAGGAAUUCCGGCGGGUUUUGGGCGGCGGGAAGAGGAGAGGGGGAGUGAACGCCGCGAUGGAAGAGGCGUUUCGGGUGAUGGAUAAGGAUGGGGAUGGGAAGGUAGGGAUGGAGGAUUUGAAGGUGUAUUUGGAAUGGGCCGGGCUGGAUGCCCGGGAUGAGGAUGUGCGGGCCAUGAUUCGGUUGGGCGGCGGCGAUGAGAGCGGCGGCGUUACAUUUGAGGGUUUGCUCAAAAUUCUGGCGGUUUGAAACUUUCCUUUUUUGGUGGUGAUGAAAAAUUGAAAAUAACAAGUGUAACUUUUUUUUCUCUUUUUUCGGUGUUUGAAAUUAAUUUAAGGACUAUUGGGAAUUUGGGAUGUGUGGAGGGAAAUUUUUAAUUACUCUACGUGAUUUUAUUAAGAACGAUAUAUUGUGGCA